AUGAAGGAUCAUCAUUAUCUUCUACCAUCAUCAGGCCAAACAACAAGAACAGUUCAGAAACAGGGAAUCAGUAGCUGCCUAAGCAAUAUCAUCAUCAUCUUCUACCCUCCACCUGCAACCCCAACACCCACCACCUUCAACAUCACCCUCACCCCCAAACACCAACCCGCUGCAACCUCACCCUCCCCCAAACACCAACCCGCUGCAACCCACACUCCUCAACCCCAACACCCACCACCUGCAAUCUCACCUUCACCCGCACCCCCACCCCCAUCAGAAACCCCAGAACCAGAACUUGUAGGAGAGGAAGAAGGAAGAGCAGAGCAUGACCGGAAUACAGAUUUUCAUAUCAAACACAUUAACCCAGAAUCAAACCCAUCCACCCCCAUCCUCAACAGAAACCCCACCCUAAACCCACCGGAGCAAACAAACCCACCCCCACCCUCAACAGAAACCCCACCCCAUGGUUGCGCCGCUCUUCCACCUCCUUGCCCUUCCUGA